AUGGGUAUGGUGAGGAGUAAAAAUGAGAGCAGCCUCACAGGGUUUAUCCUGUUGGGGUUUUCUGACUAUCCUCAGUUACGGCAGUUUCUAUUUGCAGUCGUCUUGAUCCUGUAUAUACUAACCAUUUUGGGGAACACGGCCAUCAUUCUGGUAUCUCGCCUGGAAGUCAAGCUUCAUACACCAAUGUAUUUCUUCCUCUCUCAUCUCUCCUUCCUGGACCUCUGCUUUACCAGCAGUGUCAUCCCCCAGCUCCUGGUCAACCUGUGGGACCCCAUGAGAAGCAUCACCUAUGGAGGCUGUGUGGCUCAGCUCUAUGUGUCUCUUGCCCUGGGAUCCACUGAGUGUGUCCUCCUAGCUGUGAUGGCCUAUGAUCGCUAUGUUGCCGUCUGCCGUCCCCUCCACUACACUGUCUUAGUGCACCCCCGUCUCUGUAUGGGCCUGACAUCCCUGGCGUGGCUUAGUGGAGUGGCCACCACCCUGAUCCAAUCCACUCUCACCCUGCAGCUGCCCUUCUGCGGGCAUCGCCAAGUAGACCAUUUCAUCUGUGAGGUGCCUGUGCUCAUCAAGCUGGCCUGUGUGGACACUACUUUCAAUGAGGCUGAGCUCUUUGUGGCUAGUGUCCUUUUCCUCAUAGUGCCCGUUUCCUUCAUCCUGGUCUCCUAUGGCUCCAUUGCCCACUCAGUCCUGAGAAUCAAGUCAGCGAUGGGAAGGAAGAAAGCAUUUGGGACGUGCUCUUCCCACCUGACGGUGGUCAUCAUCUUCUAUGGCACCAUCAUCUUCAUGUAUCUGCAGCCGGCCAAGAGCAGAUCGAAGGACCAGGGGAAGUUUGUGUCUCUCUUCUACACGGUGGUGACCCCCAUGGUCAACCCCCUCAUCUAUACUCUGAGAAACAAAGAAGUUAAAGGAGCACUAAAGAAAGUUCUAGGGAAGAUUCUGGGAAGAAGUUUUGCAUAG